AUGGCACACACCUCAGGGAGCUGCUGUGGGGACAUCCCCUGAUCCCCAAACUUCCCCUGCCCAUGGGAAAAACCCUGGAGGAAAACACAGGGCUGGGGUCCCCCAGGAGGGUCGGGAAAGGGGACAGGUGGCUCCUGGGAUCCUGCUGUUGUCCCCUGAGCCCCUGGGAAUGGGAGAGCUCCACAAGGAAGGGAGGAAGCAGGGCUUGGAUACCAGGGAGGAUGGGCAGGGUUUGGAUCCCAGGAGGGAUAGACAAGGUUUGGAUCCCAGAAGGGAAGGACAAGGUUUGGAUCCCAGAAGGACGGACAAGGUUUGGAUGCUCAGGAGGGAUGGACAGGGUUUAGAUCCUGGGAGGACAGGCAGGGUUUGGAUCCCUGGGCAGGGCUUAGAUCCCAGGAGGGAUGGACAGGAUUUGGAUCUCCAGAAGUGAUCGACAGGAUUUGAAUCCCAGGAGGACGGACAGGGUUCGGAUCCCAGGAGGAUGGACAGGGUUCAGAUCCCAGGAGGAUGGACAGGAUUUGGAUCCCAGGAGGAUGGGCAGGGUUCAGAUCCCAGGAGGAUGGACAGGGUUCAGAUCCCAGGAGGAUGGACAGGAUUUGGAUCCCAGGAGGACGGACAGGGUUCAGAUCCCAGGAAGGAUGGACAGGAUUUGGAUCCCAGGAAGGAUGGGCAGGAUUUGUAUCCCAGGAAGGAUGGGCAGGAUUUGGAUCCCAGGAAAAUGGACAGGAUUUGAAUCCCAGGAGGAUGGACAGGAUUUGGAUCCCAGGAAGGAUAACCAGGAUUUGGAUCCCAGGAAGGAUGGACAGGGUUCGGAUGCCAGGAAGGAUGGACAGGAUUUGGAUCCCAGGAGGGAUAGACAAGGUUUGGAUCCCAGGAGGAUGGACAGGAUUUGGAUCCCAGGAGGAUGGACAGGAUUUGGAUCCCAGGAGGACGGGCAGGGUUCGGAUCCCAGGAGGAUGGACAGGAUUUGGAUCCCAGGAGGACGGGCAGGGAUUUGGAUCCCAGGAGGACGGGCAGGGUUCGGAUGCCAGGCCAGAACCCAGGUCUGACAGAAGAAAGGCUCACCCCAAGCCACAAUCCCUGGGCUCCAUGUCCCAGCCAGGAACAAGGAGUGGCAGGCAGCCCUCCCCUGGCAGCAAAGCCGCCUGGCCGCCCCUCUGCCCUUCCUCUUCCACAUCCCGGCUUUUCCAGCUCCCCUUCCCCACAGACCCCCUCGGUCCCCACUGCGUGGCUGGGGGAGCCACAGGGAUCGCUCCAAGGAUCAGGGCUGCCCUCUGCCCAGGCACUCCGAGCUGGGCAUUCCCGCUUUUCCCUUUCCCAAAGAGAGCAGCCUCUGCCCUGGCCAGCUCUCCCAGCGCUCAGCCAAAGGCUGGGAGCGCCUCUGGAGCUGGCAGCGGCACUGCCGGGUGAUUAAUUAAUCAGCGGCGCGUGGCUGACUCCAUUUAUAGGGCUGGCACUUGGCACUGCCUCUGUCCCGAGCCAGCAGGGAAGCGGCACCUCAGAGGUCACCGAAUUCCCGCUGGGUUUGUGGGGCUGUUCCUGCCUCCCCAGGCUCCCUCAUCCCGUAAAACAAGCAGAGUUUUCCCAGCAGGGCUUGGGGAAGCUGCCAGAACCCCCAGUUCCAAUUAGGAGGGGGACACAAUGAGGGGACAGCUUCCCCCGGCAGCCUCAGCCCCGCUGAUCCCAUCCCUGCCUGACCCCACACCCUGCCCAGCCUUCCCUGUGUCCAAGGGCUCCGAGAAACGGAGCUGCAGAAUCUGGCACAGAAACUUCCAGGCUGAUUCUGCAGCCAGGCUCAGGCUCAGCCUGCCCAGGAGAGGAGAGAUCCCUUUCACAGCCUCUCCCUUCCCAAAAUCCCCACUCCUGGGGAUCCCCUACAGUGCUGUGACCCCAUCACCAGCAGGCCUCGAGCCGCUCUGCCCAGACACCGUGUGAAACCUCCAGCCCCUAAAGUGCUGCUAAUCCAGGCAAAUCUCCAAACUCGGCUCCUCUUCCUCUUCCACACCUCUCUCCUGCUGCCCCGGGGCUCCUCUGGGGGCUCUUGCUGAGUUCCCUGAGCUGAGAGCCGAAAACAAACCAGCCCCAAACAAUCCUUUGGCCGGCGCUGAGGUUUGUUGUUUAUCCUGCAGCUCCCCAGGGAUUCACGGGAGAGAGGAAACAGCUCUGCCAGCCUGGGCUCCCCACGCUGGCAACGGAGCCUCCAAACGCUUCCAGGAGCGGCUGCUGGGGUCCCUCUGCCUCUGCAGAGCUGCUACCGGCUCCUGCCUGAUCCCCUUUCCCCCUUGGUGGGAUUGGGGGGAGCAAUCCCACACCUUAAACCGCGGCACUGGGGUUUGAACACCGCCAGGAGAUGAGGAUGAGGAGGCAAAGGGCAUCUCACAGCGCCAUAAAAUCAUGGAAUUGCUGGGACUGGAAGAGAGCCUAAAGCUCAUUCCAUCCCACCUCCCACUGUCCCAGGGUGUCCAGCCUGGGAGCACUUCCAGGGAUCCAGGGGCCACAUCCCGUUGUGUCCCCAAAGAACGGGACAUCUCUCCCGGCAAACCCCAAACUGCUUCUGGCACUGGAAAGGAAAGCUCGUGCCCUUGGAAGGUUUGACCCUGCCGUCACCCCUGCUCCCAAAUCCAACCCUGCAGCUCCGGGGACACAGGGCUCAUUCCCAGAGCCUGGCUGACCCCGCCGAGCCCCCGCGCCCAGCGUUUGCCGCCGGAGCGGGAAUCAAUGGCACCACUGUCCCUGGAAAUGUCCCCGCUGCGGCGGCCGGAACGGGAGAAAGGGCAGCUUUGUGCUCCGUGCCAGAGGGGAGGGGAGCAGGAACAUCAAACCCAGGAGAGAGGCACAUCUCGGGAAAGAUGUCUGGGGCUGAGGGAACCGGGAGAUGCUCCAGGUGCCAUGGAGAGAAGGGAGCGAUCCCACUUUCCAUUGGGCCGUGGUGACACAGCAAAUGGCUCCCCGUGGGCCCAAGAGCCCCUUGAGAAGCACUGGAGCAUCCCAGGACAUUCUGGAGCAUCCUGGAGCAUCCCAGAGCAUCCUGGAGCAUCCCGGAGCAUCCCGGAACACCCUGAAGCAUCCCAGAGCAUCCCGGAGCAUCCCAGAACAUCCUGGAGCAUCCCUGUGCAUCCUGGAGCAUCCCAGAACAUCCUGGAGCAUCCUGGAGCAUCCCAGAACAUCCUGGAGCAUCCUGGAGCAUCCCAGAGCAUCCCAGAACAUCCUGGAGCAUCCUGAAGCAUCCCAGAGCAUUCUGGAGCAUCCUGGAGCAUCCCAGAACAUCCUGGAGCAUCCCAGAACAUCCUGGAGCAUCCCGGAGCCGGCUGUUCCCACCUCCAGAGCAGAGGGGCCGCGUGGGCUGCAGCCUCUCCUGGCAAUCUCCAUCACCCAGCCCGGCUGGGGCUGAGUCAGCACCGCCUUCCCUCUCCUCGCUCCAGCAUUCCCGGCUGGCAGCGGCUCCCGCAGCCCAGACACUCCUGAGUCAUCAGCUCACACUGGGAAUUCUGCGGGAAUGCUGCUGCUGGGGCAGCCCGGGCUGGAGGCCAUGGUUCCAAUGGGUUAAAAGCAGGAAUUGAAAUAAAGCUCGGGAGAAAUGUGAGCAGCGGGGUGGGAGCAGGACCUGCUGGGUUUUGGGAACUGAGGAGGGCACGAGGCAGAUCCUUCAUUUUCUCUGCCCAUAAAUUCCUUCCAAGUGGGAAUUACCUUGGAAUAUGAGGUGGGAGAGCAGGGUAGGGAGUCUGCCCAUCCCUGGAAUUGCCCUCUCCUGGAAUUUCCUAUCCCUGGAAUUGCCCUCCCCAGGAAUUGCCCUCUCCUGGAAUUGCCCUCUCCAGGAGUUGCCCACCCUGGAAUUGCCCACCCCUGGAAUUGCCCAUCCCCAGGAAUAUCCCAUCCCCAGGAA